CGCGCGACGGAACGAUCGUCGCGCGAGGUCGAAAUGCGCGCGCGCGCGGACCGCGCGACGGAGCGCGACGCGCUGCUGGCGUCGAGCGGAGACGCGACCGCGAGGGGUGUUGCGGAUGGUGUUGGGCUCGGCGCGAACGACGAGGAACGCGCGCGCGACGCGACGAAGGCGCCGACGCGGACGUGGACGCGCGCGAGGAUCGGUGGCGUCGCGAGCGCGGGCGCGGCGACGCUCGCGAUGAUGGCGGUGGUGGCGCGGCGAGGGGGGUGGGACGCGCUCGGAUUCCUCGACGACUCGGCGUACGGCGAAUCGCCGCGAUGGCGAGGACAUCACGGGAAGGGCACGCUGUUGCCGCCGAAGCCGAGGAACGGGGAGAUUCGUCAGCCUCGAACGUUUACGAUGUAUGAUCACUGUUUGUCGAGGGAGGUCAGGGAGUGGGCUUAUGAGAAAGACUUUUGGAAUUUCGCGCGUCGCAGCGGCAAGGUGGUGCGGCACAACUACGGCUCGCCAGAUUUUUUCAAUUACGAAAAGGGGAUCGAGAUGACGCGCGAAGAGAUCGCGGAUGGUUUGUAUGCGUGGCAAGUAAACACGACUGGACACCGCGAUGGUACGGAUUGGGAGUUUGGAUUCGCGAUGGAAAACGACAAGGGAGAUUACUUGUACGAAAUCGGCAAGGGCACCGAGAACAUGCCGUUGUCGUUCACCACGUGUUCGCAGCGAUAUGGUGAUUUCUUCAACAGAAAUAUCCAAAACGAGCGUGACAAAUCACAUAUCUCGUAUGUUUUCGGUACUUGCCACGCUCAAUGCCCGGCUGAUUACCACGAUUCGUCGUACAGUUCGCAGCCGUUGACGGGUACGAUUCCCGCAAACGGGACACCACUCGACUUACAGGAGCAGCGAGACGCGCGCCUCGUCAAGCCAUUGACGAUUAUGAUGUUCCAUGAGUCCAAUGAUGUGGAAGAACUGACGGGACUGAAUCCGCAUCUGCGCGUCGCGUUGCAAAUGGACACGUCUCACAACCCGACACAGCAGUCCGUGCGUUGGAUCGCCGGCGGCGUUGACUACUUUCGAAAGUUUAUCAAAAUGGUCAAGGUAGAGAUAUACAUCAACACCGUUGGUGACACACCGAGAGCGUUCAUAAAAAUCAUCGGCGCUAAGCGGUACAGGUUUGGUUUCGAUAAGGGGUACGAAUACGAAGAAAAGCAAAACCGAGACUGGCGCAUCUUUGGCAAAGGCUCGAAGGAAGAAUACAGAGGCUGCACCAAAGUUUAUUGCGACCCUUCGCGAUAUGACCUCACGAAAUUCUGGAACGAUGCCGAAGCUGAUAUGCAUGGCUUGGCGUUGCGUCAAAUGCAGUACAAGAAUCUCGUCGUUGGCGAUUCCGCGCCCGUGGAUUACAGUGUCACUACUGCUAUCGAUGGUAUUGGCGGGAAUAAUCUUUUGACAUGGGCCGCCCGCGCGAACACGGCGAAAGGUCACCUACUGGCCGCAAAGGGUCAAUGGGGGCCAGAUUUGGACGUUCGUCGCGUCAUCGUGAAGGCUGGUACCAUUUGCUCCCUGUCCACAAACAUGGGCAACUGCAUGUACGGCAUCGCUCAGUCGUUCAAUCCAGGCACCACGGGUUCUUGGCACAGCAGGGACUGGAAGCUCGGCACAUACACGGGACCGACUAAGUAUCGCAAACAAUGGGUUCUCGCGUCGCUCGUCGGCUACGGGUGGAAGAUGGUCCGCAUUGAAAUUUAUCAAGAGGAUGGCGCGCUGUACGCUGUCACCAUUGAUUGCUCAAACGACCAUUCGCAAGAAGCCUCAGAGUACACCUCCACCACCGGUGACGGUUUGCUGAACGAUUUAUCGCAGCGAUACCGAAACCCUUCUAAUCACUGGCUCGCAGAUGCUCCCACGUAUCCCACCGGUCUUCGAGCGUAUGAAAAUUUCGACGAUACGACAAGAAAAAUCCUCAACCUUGGCGGUCUCUAUUACGACCUCGCCGGCGAUAUGCGUCCGUCGCUCACGGGAUUGGAAGAAAUCUACACCACUCUCGAGAUCGAGGAAGCGUUGUCCGAGGACUCGGAGGAUCCCUCAGAAGUCGCCCCCACGGCCACGGCGUCGAGACGGUGAGCGCUGCGCGCCGCGACGAUGGAGGGCGUCACUGAAUAAAUGUCACUGUAAUAAAUUCUCAUACACGUUUUUGUCACCGACCACACUUCAUCGUAUCGA